AUGCAUGCCCAGUUCAACCUGAGCGUCGAUGACUCUGUAUUUCUUCCUACAAUUAACCUCGUGUGGCUCGCCCAGCGGCCGGUGCCAAGCGUGAAGCGUGAAGCGUUAAGCAGGUCCCGUGAGGUCACGUGUGCACCGGCUUUUGCAUGCCCGAACGCCAAGGCAUCACGCUAUCCCCAAACCAGCAAGUGCGUGGCUGCUCCUAUUCCGGGUUUGGGCUGCGCUUCUUCAUCCCUCCGAAUCGUCGAGCCUCGAGUCUUUAUCGGGUUUUUGGUAUUUACUGAACCGUGUUCUGCCUCUUCAAAGACUUAUCUGGAGGAGAGAUCAGUUUCUCUGUCGUCAUCUGUUCCCGACGAUCCUCGGCGAAGGGCGGUCGCUUUGAUGGAUAGGAACGCCGAUUUUGAGGCUGAUCCUCCCCGUCUGCCGCGGUUGCCAUCGCCCGCGGACUCGCCUAGUGCGUCGCUAGCUGCGUCGUUUAGACUCGACGAGGGAUACUCGGAUGACACGACCGGCAGCCAGCUGGAUCAUGACAAGCUUCCUCAUUUGCCUGGAGACCUCGUGACUCUGCCGGAUUGGAUUCUCGCGCAAACCGAAGGAGACCGAGCUGAACUGGCCUACAACCUGCUGCGAACUCUACGAACCUCCGCCCUGGCUGCAGUGGUCGACCGGCUCAAUCCGCUUUUACACAUGGACCCUGUUUUGAAGCUUCCCCCUGAAAUCACCUCGGAGAUUUUCUCCUAUCUGGACCCGCGAUCGUUAUUGACAUCCUCGUUGGUUUCUCGCGCGUGGCGCAGCCGGAUCAGCGAUCCGCGGUUAUGGAGAGAUCUCUUCAUUCGUGAGGGUUGGCGCGUCGACAUCGAUGCUAUCCGAAAAUAUGAACAGGAGCAAUCCGAGCAGUUGUCGCUUCAGUCUCGCAAGUCCCGGUCCAGACAGGCAGACCCGGACAUCGGGGAGCCCAAACUCAAGAAGCGCGUCCCCCAGGGCUGGUUUGAAUCUCGUGGCGCCGACUCGAGUAUCCACGCGGGCGAGAUGGACACGACGGAAUCGGGGAACCUGCCCGACAAGGAAGGCGAUCAUCAGAUGAGUGACGCCUCGAAUGACCGCAAAGCCUCCUUUGCUUCCCAGCCGCCUGAAUCUCCCACGAGCCACAGCCGUGCAGCGUUUGAAUCCGCGAGAGCAGUCGUGCAGGCCGGUCCGACCGCCCAGCCGUUUCCCCCAAAAUCGUCGAUCUAUACUCGACUACCAGGUGGCACAGUCAAGAUCAACUGGCCUCACUUAUACAAACAGCGAAGACGACUGGAGGAGAAUUGGCUUAAAGGACAAUUCACCAACUUCCAGCUCCCACACCCCGCACAUCCUGAGGAGGCCCAUCAAGAAUGUGUGUAUACCAUCCAGUUCUCCGGCAAGUGGCUGGUGAGUGGGAGCCGUGAUAAGACCGUACGUGUCUGGGAUUUGGAAACACAGCGUCUAUUGUACCGACCGUUGCUCGGGCAUUUGAAGUCGGUUCUGUGCCUGCAGUUUGAUCCGUCACCUUCGGAAGACGUCAUCAUCUCCGGGAGUAGCGAUAAAAAUGUUAUUGUCUGGCAGUUCUCGACGGGCCAAAAGAUCCACGAAAUUUCUUCGGCUCAUAGCGACUCCGUCCUCAAUCUCCGCUUCGACAAGCGAUACCUCGUGACGUGUUCCAAGGAUCGGCUUAUUAAAGUUUGGAACCGCCGCGAGCUCACUGCGACAGACAAGGACUACCCCAGCAUCCAUCAGGGCUCCGGCGUCACCUAUCCAUCCUACAUCAUUGACACCACCGAGUUGCCGUCACCGGUUCUCGAGGCAGAGCUGGCCAGGGGUCAUAUCAAGAGUCUAGAGCCGUACUCUCUUCUGUUCACUAUGGAUGGCCAUGGGGCAGCCGUCAAUGCGAUCCAGUUGAACGAGGAUGAGAUUGUCUCGGCGUCUGGUGAUAGACUGAUCAAAGUUUGGAACAUUCGCAAUGGAGCGUGUCUCAAAACCAUCAUUGGCCAUGAGAAAGGGAUUGCUUGCAUCCAAUUCGACAGCCGUCGUGUGAUCAGCGGCAGCAAUGACGAUACCGUUCGCAUCUUUGACCACGCCUGUGGUGCGGAGGUGGCCUGUUUGCAUGGACACGAAAAUCUGGUGCGGACCGUGCAAGCUGGUUUCGGGGACCCCCCGGGAGCCGAAGAGACGAUGCGCCUGGAAGCCCUGGCGGUGGAUAGCAGCUUCUGGCGUGCAAAGCGAGCCGGGGAAAUCGUGGAUCAGGCGCCUACGAGCAUGAGGCGCUCGGGCUACGUCCAGAACACAGCCGGGUCUCGGGAGCCCAAGGAUAUCCGUGCGAUCGGGGCAAACAUCCCACCGGGCGGGGGCGGCAGUGCAUGGGGACGGAUUGUCUCUGGAUCGUACGACGAGACAAUCAUCAUCUGGAAAAAGGAUCGCGAAGGUCGAUGGGUGGUCAGCCAUCGUCUCUAUCAAGAAGACGCCGCGGCAAUUGCCUCUGGCGAGCAAGCCCCGAUUCGCCCCGGGACAAUGCAUCACCCCGGGCCGCAGCAGACUGAAAUCCCCAUCCCCCCUCCACAAGGACAGGGCCCUCAACAACCUACACCAGAUCCCAAUGUCAAUGUCAACCACGCAGACGCCGCCACAGGUGCCGGGAAUGCCACCGCUCGUCCACAGCAAGGCAACGCCUGGGCACAGGGAAUGGUACGUACGAAUACUCUCUUGCCGCGAGGCCGGCUGCAUGCACCGAAUUUCCGAAGUGCCCCCGCCGGUCAUGGCCCAGCUGCUCGACUCCGAGCUCCGCAGCACUAUGCUCGGUAUAUGAACCACCGGAUGAAUAAUGGCCAGGAGGAACCGCCUCGGUUCCGAGUCUACAAACUUCAAUUCGACUCGCGCAAGAUCAUCAGCGCAAGCCAGGAUCCCCGUAUCGUCGGCUGGGAUUUUGCCUGUGGUGAUAGAGAGAUCAUCGAAGCCUGCCAAUUCUUCCAAGGCUUAUAG